CACUGAUCUCCCUUCAUCCCUCCAAUCCUCAUCUGUUCCUCAUAGGAGCAGCGGACCGAGUGAGUGACAGAGAAAUAUUGCGCUGUGUGUGACACCAAAAGUGAAGGAGCAGAGGAAACUGUUGUAACACACAGGGUGAACUUAUGACAACAACCCAGGAAAGUGGCUGGAAGUAGAGUGAUCAAACAUCAACCAGAAAGAAAAAACAGACAACCUCUGGAGGAGUCUUCGACUGAUUUUCCAGUUUUGCCGACAUAUCUCCUUGUCUGCAUUGGUGACAGUGCCUAACAACCAUCGCCAUGGGUGAAAUGGAGGAAUUGCGAAAGGAGGCAGACAGUCUCAAAGACCAGAUAACUGCCGCUCGUAAGGCAGUGCAGGACACGACGCUGCAAGAAGCCACCGCUGGGAUCACUGUGGCGGGGCGCGUCCAGUUGAAGACCAGGAAAACACUCAGGGGUCACCUUGCAAAGAUCUAUGCUAUGCACUGGGGCACUGACUCUACGCUGUGUGUCAGUGCCUCACAAGAUGGAAAACUCAUAGUGUGGGACACAAUCUCAACCAACAAGGUGAACGCCAUCCCCCUGAAAUCGUCAUGGGUGAUGACGUGUGCUUAUGCACCUUCAGGAAACCUUGUGGCAUGUGGUGGUCUGGACAACAUGUGCUCCAUCUACAACCUCAAGGGCAAGGACGGAAACGUCAAGGUGAUGCGUGAGCUGGCUGCCCACACAGGUUACCUGUCCUGCUGUCGUUUCCUCAGUGACAGUGAAAUCAUCACCAGCUCAGGCGACUGUACUUGUGUACUAUGGGACAUUGAGACAGGGACCGAAAAGACUAUUUUUGCUGGCCACCAGGGAGACUGCAUGUCCCUGGCUGUGUCUCCAGACUUCAAGUUCUUCAUCUCAGGCGCGUGUGACUUCACAGCCAAGCUGUGGGACAUAAGGGAGGCCCAAUGCAGACAGACUUUUGGAGGCCACGAGAGUGACAUCAAUGCCAUCGGGUUUUUCCCCAACGGCAAUGCAGUGAUAACAGGAUCCGACGACUGCACCUGCAAACUGUUCGACCUACGAGGUGACCAGGAUCUCAUCACCUACCAAGACUCCACCAUCAUGUGCGGGGUGACCUCUCUGGCUGCAUCACACUCCGGGCGGCUGUUACUGGCCGGCUAUGAUGACUUCAAUGUCAACAUCUGGGACACUCUGAAAGCUGAGAGAGUGGGUGUGGUGGCUGGUCACGAUAACAGAGUGAGCUGCAUCGGCGUAUCUUCAGAUGGUAUGGCCUGUUGCACAGGAUCCUGGGACAGCUUCCUCAAGAUAUGGAACUGAAUCUGUCCCUUGGCAAUGUGAAGAGAGAGAAAAGUAAACAUCUGCACAGCAGAAAAUGAAGACAGUUAAGAAUUUGAGGGAGGGUUGAGGGACGAGGAGCCACAUAGGGUGAGAAGAGGGUAUUUUAAUUGUGCCAAGUCUUAUCUAAUGAUGGACAGGAGUUGUAAUGGAAAGAUCUUUCUCUUAUCCUUGUCACAUUGCACUCACCUUUCUUCUCACGUUAUGGGGUAAUUGGGACAAAAAAGUUGGGGUGGGGGGGGCUCUUGAAAAAUAUUCCUAUCAAUAAGUGAAAUGCAUAAAAUGAUGCAUAUGUAUUGCAGCAAUUCAAAGAUCACCCAUUGAGAAUAGAUGCCAAAUGGAAAUGAUAGCGUACCGAAUGAGACAGCUGAAUACGUUACAGCCUGUGUAGGGUCACACAAGCUCCUCUAAUGUUGCUGUUUUUUUAAUCAACUCAUAGGUCACAUCAUACAAAUAACGAGCAUUUGGGUCAAUGUUUCAGACUGUUAUUUGUUUUCUUAGUUUUGGUAGAUUCCCUAGUUACUCUUUUUAAUUUUCUAAUUUUUAUUAAAACUGAGUUAUAGCUUGCAGAUGUCUAAAUGAUUGCAUCGUUUAUGUGACCCACAGACAAUAUUUAGCAGGACUUUGGGUCGUUGUUUGUCAUAACUCUUUGGUAGAUGGAUGAACUGCUAAACGGACAGCUGGGCACUAGAACGGUCACUCGUGGUUCAUUAGGCAAUAAAAGAUUACCCAUUGGUCUCAGGAUAAGACUGUCUGACAUGAAUAAUGGCUAUUGUGCGCAUUUGAACAACUAUAUUUGACUAAAUAUAUAAAUGUGGGACCAUUUCUGUAUGGAAAGAAAGAAAAAAACCCAACUAACUUCAGCUAAACUUGAUACACACCAUUCAAAAUAAAGCAAUAUCUAACAAACAAGGGAUUCUGCAUUAAGUCUUUGUUCAUUUUUGACAUGCUGUCUUGAAUUGUGUUUAAUAUUUCUAUCUUUAAAUUAGACUUGUUUGGAGUUUUAACAAAAAAAAGAAAAAGUCACCACCCCUGCCAAAUCAACAAAUUGGAGACAUCCAAGCAUGGCAUCCUUGUGUGGGUGACCUCAGAGCAAUACCACGAGUUUUGUUUGUUAUUUACCCAUUUUCUGAUUUGUAUUGCUACAUAAGAGUGAACGUGUAUAAAGUCAGUGAAUUUCCUUGGA